GUCGUAGACAAGUACGGUGAAUGGUGGUACCACAUCUGGGUCUUCUUCCUCACCUACAGCACCAUCAUCUCCUGCCAAGGCAGCUUCAGCGUCUUCCAACUCACAUUACACAAGAACCUGAAUGCUUAUCACCGUGUUUUGGGUGUGGAGAACCGUUGGAGUUUGCAGGUACAUGACGGGAGGGAUGCGGAGAUUAGGUGA